GCUCCAAAUGGCAUCUGGAUGAUGACAUUCCUGACCCCUGACCCCAAGGUCAUGUUGCUGACUGAUGCUCAGCGGGCUGGUUAUGGUGCAAUGAUGACCCAAACAAGACUGGUGAUCCGAAGCCCCUACAACAUGGCAGAGACUUAUUCUGUAGAGGUGGCUGGAGUUCCUAUGGAGGUCUUCAGUGUGUCCACUUACUACAAGAUUGGCAGUUUGAUUGUGGAUUCAGCUGCUGCCUGUCCUACUGGUGGUGUAGUCUUCACUGACAAGGUCAUCACCUGGCAUGUGCCUCGCCGCAUCACCCCGCUGAUUUCUAGUGCUGUAAAGAUUCUGGAGACACACAUGGGCAUCAAUGGCCAGAGGCUGGACAAAACCAAGAUGGCUGCCAGACACUACAAGCUGUCUGUCACAGAGUCUCACGUCAUCAUUGAGAUUCCAGUGGGGUCCCCCGACGGCUACUACAAGAGUCAUGCCCCAGAUUAUGCUUACCACAUAACCUACACUGUUGAACCGAUGCUUGAGUUGCUGUGGAGGGCAGAAAACACACAGGCUGACACAAGAUACAAAGUCCUCUUCCCCAUCACAACCCCUCUGAUGCCCAGACCUCCACAUGUUAUUGAUAACACAGUUCAUGAGCAGAGAGUGUUUGACAUCCUACUGGGGAUUUUCCUCCAUGAUGUGGAGCUGAUGAACAUCACCUUUACCACCAGGGUGCUAACUGUUGCAGAGUGCAAUGCCAGAGGCUUCGAUGUCCAGGAGCACCACUUUGCUAACGGCUCUAAGACCUUCUCAAUAAGAGUGCCCUUCUCAGAUGCAUUAGUCCUGAAACGAAACCCUGAUCCCCUUACAACUGUGUACUUCCUCCCACUGGUCUUCGGUCUGCUAGUCCUGCCUGACCAAACUCCCUUCCCCCACCCUGCUGAGCUGGAGGCCUCCCGGGAAGAUGUUGUUCUUCCCACAAUCACUGGCAGCUGCGACCAGGAGAACUUCUACUUCUCUGUAAAAUACGGGAGCCAACAGGAUAACUUCCAGACCAUGAUGCUUCAUGCUGGUUCAUGGAGGGAGCUGGAUAUUGAGCUGGCAAAGCUGUACAGUCUCACUGGCAACAGCACACACUUCAGUAUUGUAGUGCCCUUCACUGCACCUGCUGCAGAAUUUGAGUUGGUUAAUUUCAAAUCUAUCAGAGCCAGAGUGGACUUGCUGCUGUUGGAGAUGCCUAACAUGUGGCAACUCGCUGACCUUUCACUUGCCUGCUACUUCCCCCUGACUACAACUGAGUGCUACGCCAACGGCACGGUGACUGCACUGGCGGUUAAGGUGGAAUCUGUUAGCAACUUGAACCCUGAAUACCUGACCUUGAGGGACCAGUCAUGUAAACCAGCCUUCAGCAAUGACCGCUUUGCUCUCUUCUCCUUCAAACUCAACUCCUGUGGCACCACAAGAACAUUCUUUGACAAUGUCAUGGUGUAUGAGAAUGAAAUUGCCCUGCCAUACAACACCGGCAAAGACAGUAGUAAAGGUCCAUUCACUCCAGAGUAUCGGCACACCAUCUCUUGCUACUACCUGCUCAACUACACGAAGACCAUGGCAUUCCGUGCUAGCCCAAGGAGCACUAACCCUGUGGCAGAUCCUGGGGUGGGACAUCUGUUGGUCCAAAUCAGACUGUCCCAGGAUAGCUCUUAUGCCUUAUUCUACCAAUCUGAGGACUACCCAGUGGAAAAGUACUUGAGACAGUCUCUGUAUUUUGAGGUGGAGUUGAUGCAGUCCACUGACCCUAAAAUAGAGGUGGUGUUGGAGAACUGCUGGGCCACACUGCACAAGGACAGGACUUCUCUUCCUAGCUGGGACCUCAUCAUUGACGGCUGUGAGAAUCCUGAUGACCUCUACCUCACUGUCUUCCAUCCCGUCGUUGCGGACACAAGGAUUCAGGUCCCAGCUCACAUCAAACGCUUCUCAAUCAAGAUGUUCACCUUCACCGAUGAUGCAGUUCUGAAAGAACAGCUCUUUGUUCAUUGUGACGCAGUCCUCUGUGACACCACCAAACCUGAUGGCAUCUGUUCAGGCCAGUGUGCAAUUGCCCUGAGGUAUGCAGACUCUCUCAGACCAACUGGCUCAAAAAGAGGUCUUAGAGCUGCAGAUGCCAGCCAGUAUAAGAAACAGAUCUCAUCUGGACCUGUUCUUCUCUCUGACUCCAACUUAUAA